UUGAAUUUUCAAAGUUAUUAUUUUAAAACUAAUCUGGUUGUUUUCUGGUGCAAAAUCCAAUACCUAGCAUUGAACCAAAACAAACAAACAUCGGGUAAUAUCUUGAUAAGAAGAAUAUAAUGGUACAAUUACGAUUAAAAAAACCGCAUGCCGUAUUAUUUGAUAUAACCGGUACGGUUGCCAAAACUAAAUUCAUUGAUAAAUUACUUAUACCAUAUAUAACGACAAAUUUUCAUCGUUACAUGCGUGAAAAUUGGAAUUCAAAACAAGUUCGAAUGGAUUUAGAACAAAUGAAAGCCGAAGCCGAAUCCGAUCCAAUGGCACCAAAAAUUCAACUAGAUCCAAAUGAAUCAGCAACAACAAAUAUGGAUUCGGAUAUUGAAUCAGCAUUUGAGUAUGUUCGUUAUUGUUUGGAUACUCAUAAUGAAAAUAAAGCAAUUACAUUGUUAAGGUUUCAUAUGUGGUUUGAUGGUUAUUCGAAAAAUCGUUUGGAAACACCAGUUUAUUCCGAUGUUGCCAUACAGAUACAAAAAUGGCGUUGUGAUCAAGAUAUUAAACUUUAUGUUUUUAGUAAUGGUUGGGCUGAAGCAACAAGACGUUUUUUAAUGAAAACUAAUCAUGGUGAUUUAAAUCUAUUAAUUGAUGGCUAUUUUGAUACAAGCCUGGGACAAUUGACUGAUGCAGAAACAUUUCGUCGUGUUUUAGAUCGUAUUAAUGAACAACCAGAAAAUGUAAUCUUUUUAACAAAAUCAUCCAUUGAAGGACGUGCUGCCGAAUCAAUUGGUAUGACUGUUGUUUUAGUAUUAACACAUCGUCGUAAUAUUGAACGUUUGGAUGAAGAAGGUAGACGUAUGCCACGUGUACGAUCAUUUAAUGAAUUAGAAUUUGAAUAAACCUAACCUCAUUGAAAAACGACCAAACCAACAACAACAACCAAUCAACAAUCCAUCUGAUUAUUCUAUCUAAUUAUAACUUGCCCAAAUCAUACAUCUUAAUCCUUUUGGUGUCUUUUUUUUCUUCCAAACAAAAAUAUAAUCUAUUUUUAAUCAA